GCAUUAAAAGCAAAAUCAUCUGUAAUGGGUACAACGCACAGCACCUACUUGUAACUUGUAAGCAGUUUCAAAGAAAUAAUGAUUUUGUUGUUAGGCAGCCAAGUUUUCUGGACACUAUAACCUGUAAUCCUUAAAUAUAAUUUUAAACGGAACUACAGGAAUAAAUCAUGUUACGCAGUAUGCUAAAUAUGCUCAGAAGCAGAACAAAAAGCGAUCAAUUUUUGCAAUUCUCUUCUCAAGCAUUUAGGAGAAAGAAUAUUGGCAAACAAAUUGGAGUCUUUGGAUGGUCUCUUUUAGUAGUUCCUGCAUCUACUUUUGCUUUGGGAACUUGGCAAAUCCAGAGAAAAACAUGGAAAGAAAGUUUAAUAAAGGAAUUACAAGAUUGUGUUCAUGCAACUCCAACAAAUUUACCAAAAACUUUAGAAGAAAUUGAGAAAUUAGAAUAUCAUCCAGUACAUGUUAAAGGGCAUUUCUUGCAUAAUCAAGAGUUACAUAUGGGUCCCAGGACUUUGAUAACUGAAGGCGAUGCUGCUACUGAAAGUUCACUAUUUUCUAAGGAUCAUAAGAAAUCCCAGGGAUAUCUAGUCAUAACUCCAUUUAAAUUAGCAGACAGAGAAGAAACAAUUUUGAUCAACAGAGGAUGGGUUCCUGGUAGGUAUAAAGAUCCAUCCACCAGACCAAAGGGACAAGUACAAGGUGAAGUUGAUGUAAUUGGUAUUGUUCGAUUACAUGAAAAUAGGCCUAAUUUUAUGCCUGCAAAUAAAGAAGCUAAGGAUGCAUGGUUUUAUAGGGACUUGACUCAAAUGUCUGCUGCAACUGGUGCAGCACCAAUAUUUCUAGAUGCAACUACUGAUUUUGCAAAGGAACAUGCACCAAUUGGUGGCCAAACACGAAUUUCCCUUAGAAAUGAGCAUUUAUCUUAUGUAUUAACUUGGUAUUCAUUGAGUAUGAUUACAAGUUUUAUGUGGUAUACACAGUUUAUUAGGAAGUAAUUUUGCUAGUUGUAGAAUAAAAUGUUUAUAAGUGUUA